ACGCCGGCCCGUCUCCCUUCCCUUCUCUUCUCUCUCGGCCGACCCGACUCGACCCCGCGGCCGAAAUAAAGCAAGCGACCGACGCAGCGCCAGUGAACCCCACCACCGUCUCUUCUCUUCUUAGUUCGCACGUCUCACCGCGCGUUUCUCUUCUGCCCCCGCUCCACGCCAGGCAAACCCGAAGCCCCCACCACACGACGCCGCCCGCCGUCCCCUCCUCUGGAAUCGGGCGGGGGAAGAAGUGUUCAGGACUGGCGGCAUGGACCGCAUCGUCGGCCGCAAGUUCAAGCUCGGCCGGAAGAUCGGCUCCGGCUCCUUCGGGGUCAUCUACCUCGCCACGGAUAUGGACACCUACGAGAUCGUCGCGGUGAAGAUUGAAAGUAGCAGCUCAAAGCACCCCCAGCUGUUUUAUGAGGCAAAGAUCUACAACGCCCUGCAAGGAGGAAGUAUGUGGCAUUGCGAAUGUUAAAUGGUGUGGUGUAGAUGGGGAGGAAAAUGUUCUUAUCAUUGAUCUGUUGGGGCCGAGCUUAGAGGAUUUGUUUGUCUACUGCGGCAGAAAAUUCACCUUGAAGACUGUCCUAAUGCUUGCAGACCAAAUGCUUACAAGGAUAGAAUUUAUGCAUUCCAAAGGAUACUUGCAUAGAGACAUAAAACCUGACAAUUUUCUAAUGGGUCUCGGCCGGAAGGCAAAUCAGGUCUAUGUAAUUGAUUUUGGGCUUGCAAAAAGAUACCGGGAUUCUACUACGAAUCGACAUAUUCCUUACAGGGAACAUAAGAACUUAACUGGCACUGCACGUUAUGCAAGUAGCAACACUCACCUUGGAAUUGAGCAAAGUCGACGGGAUGAUUUGGAAUCUCUUGGCUAUGUUCUCCUAUAUUUUCUCCGAGGAAGUCUCCCCUGGCAGGGACUAAAAGCUGCAACGAAAAAGCAGAAGUAUGAGAAGAUAUGUGAGAAAAAGAUUUCGACACCUAUCGAGGUGUUAUGCAAAUCCUGUCCGGUAGAAUUUGCAUCUUACUUCCACUACUGCAAGUCGUUGACAUUUGAUCAGCGGCCUGAUUAUGGAUUCGUGAAGCGCCUUUUUCGAGACUUAUUCGACCGCCAAGGUUAUGAUUUUGAUUAUGUCUUUGACUGGACUGUUUUGAAAUAUAAACAAGGCCAAAAGACCCAGCAUGUUCCUGGGGCAACUAUUGCUCGAGCAAUCCCAGCACAUCUUGACAAACGAGCGGGUGUAAAUGGGGAUGUCCAUCCAAAUGAAGCCCAUGAACAGAUGGAGUCAAGCCAUAUGACCGGGUCAGCUGCACAGUUACAGAGGCAAAAUAUGGCUGCCAGUGCCAGAAAUGAAAACCCGAAGAAUGAUGGGAAUUCAAGACAUGUAGUGCGUAUCGACGCUUUUCAUCAAAAUCAGGGUUUUGACAGCAAUACUGGCUCUCCUAGCGCUUGUUUUCCGACACUUCCGCACAAUGCCCCAGCAAGGUGAUAGGUCGCCUCUCUUGUGGAGCUAGAAAUGUGGAAAUGCUCAACUAGACUCCAUUUCUUUUAGAGUGGUCAGAUUCAAGAAUCACAAAAUCAAUUCAAACAUCCUGAUGCCUAAUGCAUGUUACAAGGAUGGCUACAGAUCCGAUUGAUUAUGCAAGGUUUGAUCACUGCUGUUGUUGGAUGCUCCAGCAUUUUCUGUGACUGUUGCUUCAGACAUUUUGUUCUCACAGUCGCGGAGGACAUGUAAAUAGUUCAUAUGUCAGAUAAAUGGCAUGGAUAUUAUGCAAUAGUGAUGAUGUCGGGUGUAAAUAGUUCAUAUGGUUAGAUAAAUGGCAUGGACAUUGAGCAAUAGUGAUGUUGUCGGCUCAUUCAGCAUCUGAUAGCUAUCCAAUAUACAUGUGGUGAUAAGGUUAUUCAUGAAAUUUGCAUCA